ACUGAGGGCGUGGCCGCUGCGGGGGCGGGGCAUCUCAGGUGCUCCGGUAGCGCUCCGCUCUGCCGACGCAAUGGCGGGCAGGGGUAAACUAAUCGCGGUGAUUGGGGACGAGGACACGGUGACGGGUUUCCUCCUGGGCGGCAUAGGGGAGCUUAACAAGAACCGCCACCCGAAUUUCCUGGUAGUUGAGAAAGAUACCACCAUCAAUGAGAUCGAAGACACUUUCAGGCAGUUUCUGAACAGGGACGACAUUGGCAUCAUUCUCAUCAACCAAUACAUUGCAGAGAUGGUCCGGCAUGCCCUCGACGCCCACCAGCGGUCCAUCCCGGCUGUCCUGGAGAUCCCAUCCAAGGAGCAUCCGUACGAUGCAGCCAAGGACUCCAUCCUGCGCAGGGCCAAGGGCAUGUUCACCGCCGAAGACCUGCGCUAGGGCUCCGCAGCCCUCAACCCCCUCUCACUACCAGGCCUCUCCCAGUCUGCCAUCCUCUAUUUAAGUUUGAAGCCUUGGUUUCUGAACCCUCCCUUUCUCUUCACUGAGUGGCUCCUAAGCUGUUGGGGCUCUGCUGUUCAGAUCCAGGCUGGUUGGGGAAAGGAAGAGCAACCAUCUCUCUCCUACCUCCUCCCUGUGCUGUUACACAGUGUCGUUAUUGAUAUUAAAGGAAUAUUCUCUCCAAA